AUGGCCACAGAAAUCGACUUUCUGAGAGAUCAAAAUCAACGACUAAAUGAAGUACUUAGACGAUAUCAAAUGGAGAAUUUUUCCAAAUAUUCGUCUGUGCAGGUAAAAUUUUUAAUUGUAUUUAAUUUUAAACUACUGCCAACUUUGGGCUUGGAUGAUGUGAGAAAACAUUUUAAGAUGCAAUAUUCUCUGUUAUAGAAAACUGUCUUCAAAGGAGAUGGAGAUGACACAUUAGAAAACACAAUAGUUGAUCAAAGCUUUUUAGCUCCUCUUAUUAUUGAGUAUGAUAAGCAUCUGGAAGAGCUAAAUAGGCAGCUGAAGUAUUAUCAGAAACAUAUGGGCGAGAUGAAACUACAUCUUGAAAAUGUCAUCAAGGAAAAUGAAAGGUUGCACAGCGAAUUAAAAGAUGCUGUUGAAAAGCAACUGGAGUCCUUUCCCUUUGGCGCAGACAUGGGAAAUGAUAUAUAUACAGAUGAUGAAACAGUUAGGAAUCUACGAGAACAAUUACAACUAGCCAAUCAAGAAAAAACUCAGGCUGUGGAACUCUGGCAGACUGUUUCUCAGGAGCUGGACAGACUUCAGAGACUUUACCAGGAACAUAUGACUGAGGCCCAGAUUCAUGUAGUUGAAAGUCAAAAACAAAAGGAUCAAUUGACCAAUUUUCAACAAUUGACCAGGCAACUUCAUGUAACUAAUGAGAACAUAGAAAUGACUAACCAACACUUUCUGAAAGCAGUAACUGAACAAGAUGUGGAAAUUGAGCGACUCCGAAAACAACUUAGGCAAGCCAAGUUAGAUCUGAGAGUUGCAGCAGCAAAAGUGGAAGAGUUAAAUAAGACGACUGAAAAUCUUCAAGGACAAAUGCAAAAGAAGGAGGAGGAAAUGUUGUCUGCCCAAGGAAGAGAGGAAGCAUCAGAUAGGCGUUUACAGCAGUUACAAUCUAGUAUAAAACAAUUAGAAACAAGACUCUGUGUAGCAAUCCAAGAAGCCACCCAAUUAAGAGCACAAAAAACACAUUUGGAAAAACAGACUAGAGAAUUACAAGCAAAGUGCAAUGAAUUAGAAAACGAAAAAUAUGAAGCUAUUGUAAGAGCCAGAAAUAGCAUGCAGCUUUUAGAAGAAGCUAACCUUCAAAAAAAUCAGGCUCUACUUGAAGAGAAGCAAAAAGAAGAAAAUAUAGAGAAAAUGAAAGAAACAGUCUCUCGGCUUGUGCAAGAUGCUGCCAUAAGAACCAGGAAGGAAGUUGCAAGCACAAGAAAACAGUAUAAUGUACAGAUUUCUCGACUAAUAGAAGAACUGUCAGCCCUUCAAAUGGAGUGUGCUGAAAAACAAGGCCAAAUUGAACGAGCCAUUAGGGAGAAAAAAGCAGUGGAAGGAGAACUAGAAAAGAUUUACCAUGAAGGUAGAGUAAAUGAAAGUGAUUACAGAAAACUAGAAGAAAUGCACCAAAGAUGCCUGGUUGCAGAGCGUUCAAAAGAUGAUCUUCAACUAAGACUUAAGACAGCAGAAAAUAAAAUAAAACAACUUGAAAUAAAUUCCUCAGAAGAGAUAUCACGUUGCCAAGAAGUGAUUCGGAAACUUCAAAACAUAUUAGAGUCUGAGAGAGAGAACUGUGGAUUUGUCAGUGAACAAAGGCUGAAACUUCAGCAAGAAAAUGAACAGUUACAGAAAGAGACUGAAGAUUUAAGAAAGCUUGCUCUCGAGGCUCAAAAAAAAGCCAAAUUAAAGAUCAGUACAAUGGAACAUGAAUUUUCAAUAAGGGAACAUGGAUUUGAAGUUCAACUGAGAGAGCUGGAAGAUAGUAAUCGAAAUUCCACUGUUGAACUGAGGCAUCUCUUAGUGACUCAACAGAAGGCGGCCAAUAGGUGGAAAGAAGAAACAAAGAAACUUACUGAAAGUGCAGAAGUUAGAAUCAGUAAUCUAAAGAGUGAGCUGAGUCGACAGAAACUUCAUACCCAAGAGCUGCUUUCUCAGCUGGAAAUGGCAAAUGAAAAGGUAGUUGAGAAUGAAAAACUAAUUCUAGAGCAUCAAGAAAAAGCCAACAGACUUCAAAGGCGUCUAAGUCAGGCAGAACAGAGAGCAGCUUCGGCUUCCCAGCAGCUCAGUGUGAUUACAGUGCAGAGAAGAAAAGCAGCCUCCAUGAUGAAUCUGGAAAAUAUUUAAAAAUAUUCAUAGUUCACUCACAGAACUUUAGAAUUGGGAAAGCUGUUGGACUAGAAGUGUAUUGAAAUGGUAAAAACCUGCAGAGAAUGGUUAAGGCUUGUGUCAUUUUGCAUAAGCAUUUUCCAUUCUGUUUUGAGGGUUAUUGGAAAACAGAACAGUGGCAGCUUCCUGUAAGUAAAGAAAAUAUAACCCUAUAUUGAGCUUCAGUGGAGAAUAAAGCCAGCUGAGAAGAAUU